UCUUUUUCUGGGUUGAUUGGUAGGAUUCCAAUGGAUCAAAUGCGCGUACGCCGCAAAUAUUUCUCGUCCAACAAUUAUGCCGUUAAAACGGCCCGGACGAAGUCGGACGAUGAUUACUGAUCCUUGCGCACCUGCGGUGACAUCGCGAAGCCGUGCUGACUGAAUGCUGUACAAACGCAGGCUGCAUUUGUGGAGCAACAUAGACGACUCAUCCAAGUUUUGAUGGUUUUGAUGGUCUAUUUUUUACUUCAAUCCUCAAGUGGGAAAUCAGCUCGCCUGCAUAAAUUUGUCUACAUCGACGCCGAGAAAUUGAAGAAAUGCUGAACCAUCAAAACUUGGAAAAACACGUAAUGUCUGUCGCCGUCUACAUUCAGUAAUAGCUUAGUGCAGCUUCUAUCAACAUUUCUAAGCCAUAAUUAUAUAAGCGCACUCUGUGGUAUGACGUUCUACAAGGUCAAUUCUUCAAUUUAGAUCGAAUCCUUCUACAGGGAUCCACCAUCUACGCCGUAGUAGGCGUAGGUCCGUGGGUCACGCCCUAUUCGUCCGAGAUUGUGCGACAUAAAUACCAUUUGAGUAGUAGUAUUACAAACCCAAGAGGUUGAAAUACAUGUAUAUAAAGAAGAGUCAAUUUCGUGAUACAAUAGAAGCAUCACAGCAUUUCAGGAUUAUACUUCAGUUGGCAAGCUCAUCCUUCUACAAUUUGAAUUCACUUUCUCCAAGAUGCUCUUCUCAUCCCCAGUACGGAGUGUACCACUUCUCUCAUUGCUCAUUGCCAAUGUUCAAUCAGCAAGUACAAAUGACUCCUCAAAUCAGCCUCAACCAUACACGGUCGACGUCGAUCCAGCCUUCAUUGAGAAAACCCGCCAAAAGGUCGCCAACUUCCGCCCUACAAUUGAAAUCUCUGGGCCUGACUGGUAUGACGGUCCGCCCCUCAAAGAUCUGACAGAGAUAGCGGAAUACUGGACGGACUCAUACAACUGGUCAACCGUGCAGUCUAAACUCAACUCGGAGGGUUCUCAGUAUAUGGUCACUCUACCACCACCCGGGGGAAAGUAUGAUCUACCACUGGAUGUCUACUUCAGGCACCACCGCAGCAACCGAACUGAUGCCAUUCCUUUGCUUAUGGUACACGGUUGGCCUUCAACAUCUAUGGAAUGGGAAAAGGUCACCCCAGACUUGGUGAACCCAGCAAAUGCCAGCCAACCGGCAUUCCACGUCGUCGCCCCUGACCUUCCCGGGUUCGGAUUCUCACCAGCGGCAAAGAAAGCAGGUUUAGGUCCUGCAGAACAUGCUACUCUCUUGAUCACUCUCAUGGAGACACUCGGAUACAGCGAAUUUGGAUUGUACAGCACCGACCUGGGCGUGCCAAUCGCUCAGGAUAUGGUCGUAUCCUACGAGCCAAAGAUCCUCAACCACAUCUCUGACAUGCUGCUUCAAUUCCCCAACGACACAGACACGGCUCGGUAUGCGGCGGGCCAAACCACGCCGGAAGAGACCACCUAUCUCAUCUCGGCUCUCGACUUUUUCACCAACCAUACAGCGUACUCGGCUCUUGAUUCCUCGUUGCCUCUCUCGCUCUCUUACGCGCUAAACGACAGCCCGCUCGGCUUCUUCGCGUGGAUGUAUCAACUCUUUUUCACUGUUAAUGAUAACUCAUUCGCCCACACUCCUUCCGAAAUCAUCACUCAAGCCCUUCUCCUCUACAUUCCCGGCGUCUACGGCAAUCUGAGGAGCUACAAGGAGUUGUACAACGUGCAGUAUUUCGCUGCCAGAGAGAAGGUAUCAGUUCCUGUCAGCGUGCUGCAAUACGGUGGUACCGAUGGAUAUCCUCAACUAGCCAACUUCAAUCUUGCUCCUCGUGACUGGGUUGAGCGCAAUGCGAAUGUGACCUAUUUCUCUAGACACGAGCGUGGAGGGCAUUUCCCUGCUGUUACCGUGCCAGAUUUGGUGGUGGAUGAUAUUAGAGCCAGUUUUGUGGCAUUGGGUUAUUAA